AGGUGCAGCCUUUUUUUUUUUUUGGUUGGGGAGGGGGAUAUGUCAAUGACAACUCUUUGGUUGCAAAGUUAAAAACGUAUUGCUGCCUCACUUUUUUAUUUAUUUUUUGCUGAAGAUUCAAAUCUCCAAAUUUGAUUUCACGUGCUACAUUCUAUCCCUGACCGGAAAGAAUACUAUUUCUUUUACUGGACUAUUCUGUAUAAAUGAUUAUUCGCUACUAGACACCUGUGUAUAAGCUGUAAGAAGAUUGCAGAAAAUUAGGCUUAGACUUUAUUAUACACAUAAAAUAUAAAAAUGAGGUAAAAUCGCUAUGGUCAUGGUGUAGUAGGUCUACUAUAAAAUAAAAAUAGACUAAGACGGCGAUUCUCCGAAGUCCGUUCCCAAAUUAAUUCCAAUAAUUGAAUGAUUAAAUGAUUACUCCUUACUUAAAAAUCUUAGACAUCAUUUUGUUUUGAAAUUCAUUUUUGCGUAUAUAUUUCAAAAAAAUGUGUUAAAUUAUGGUGAAUUCGAGCACAUUAUCACUAAUUAUAUUUUACCAGGGACAACUAUCAUCACGGACGCUUGGCGAGGAUAUCAUCAAAAUGUCGUUUAGCUCAACCACGGGAUUUAUGAUCAUGCUGUCAUGGUGCACGCGCGUGAAUAUGUUGAUCCAGUAGACCAGGACAUUCACACAGAAACUAAAACUAUUGAAGGACUUUGGAUGCUUGCGAAACGUAAACUCCGCUAUCAGAGUGGAACUGGUAAUAGUUGCUGUCUGUUUGCCAGCUACUUGGGGGCCUUUCAGUGGCGCAACAGUCACAUUCAGAACGUUGUAUGCUAUUAUUUGCAAAUGAUAUGCGCCCAUUACAAUAUUUAGUGUUUACUGCCUGGUUUGUAAAGUGACAGUUAUUUGCAAAAGCUAUGAUUGACAUUUCUGCUGUUUUCUAACAAUACACACUGUGCCCUGCAAUUUUUUUCAUUCAAAAUAAUUUGGGGCCGGACUUCGGAGGAUUGCCGACUAAGACUAUUGACUAUAUACUACAAUAAUAAUAGUUAACUAUACUUGUAUAACUAAGAUAUAUAUCUAGUACUAGUAGUGCCGGAAACGUCCUGGUUGCGCCUGGUUUUAAAUUCAGGUGAAAAUUUAGAAAAAAAUAAUGUCCUGGGGUAAAUGUGAAGAGAUAGCACCACGUUUUUUACGAUAGCGAGCUUAUGUCGUCCUAAAUUUAUACCUAAACCCUAAAUCUAUCCCUAAACCUAACCUGAACCCUAAACUUAUCCCUUACCUGUGUUUUUACCCUAUUGGAACCAGGGACAAAACAUGCAAAUGACGUCAGGGUGCUAUCUCUUCACAUUAGCCAAAACAACGAACGUGUCUGCAGCUGAAGCCUUCGUCAGCGAACAAAACAGAAAAAACAGAAUAAAACUGAAAUUUAAAAAUAGCACUCAGCUUGGAAUUAGAAGUAGUAUCCAAGAGGGCAGCAAAUGAAUUGUCAGUCAUGCUCGAGGCUUUUAUUGCCUAUCAACUCUGGGCCGACAGAUCGGCCCAGCCACCUCAAGAGGAAUAAUUUUAAAGGCCUAAUUUAAUUAAAAUUUAAAUUUGGCCUACUUCAGGGGCCCUUAGACUUAUUUAAUCAAGUGGCAAGUUUACUGUCCCACAGCCCACAGACUCGGACAUGGUUGUGGACAGGAUUAUAAAUUAUAGUAUGACAAAAAUAUGAUCAAAUUCUUAUGCACACUCCACACAUCUUAUUUGCAAUUCAAAAUUUAAAAAAAAUAGAUAAAAUGAUAAGUGCAAUACAAUAUUGACAAUAUUUAUAAUGAAGAUAAAUUUUAUCAACAUCAUGUCGAGUUACAGUUAUUAAUUUCAGUGGGGCAAAAAUGAGCAUCCUUUGGCUUUGAAUAGAUCUUCCAUGUGUGGUUCUAUAUUUGUCACUGGUAUCCAAAUCAAAUGACAUCCAGGGGGCUGUGUUAAGGACCCCUGGCCUAAUUAAUAAGAUUAUCCUCUAUUUCAAUAGGCCUAGGAUCUACUUGUCAUAUAUGUCAAUGAGGUCUAAUGUUUUUCUCACUCAGUAGUUAAAUUUUAAUUGUAUCCUGCUAAGCCUUGGCUAAUUUAAUUCAAUUAUUUAUUUGAAUAACCGCAAUUGUGAUUUGAUCAGUAAUAACUUUUAGGCUCUGAUGAGUUCAACUAAUAAUAAUAAGUUAAAUGUGUGUGUUAAGUAGCAGAAGCUAGCUAAGUCUAAGUUAGAAUUCAUUGAAGAGUCACUGACCCUCUUGUGUCAGUGUAGUCUGUAUUAGUAGCCUAGUGCCUCGUGUAACUCUAAACAAAUAAGCCAAGGCGAAUCACUUCAUUAGGUCUAAUCGGAUGAAUAUGACGAAUCAGUGAGUUGAUGAUGAGAGGGCCUAAUUAUGUUGAUAUCUUAAAUAAUAAAUUACAUGUGAUAGGGCCUUCCUAAAAGACGGUGAACAGUAACUACAAUCUACAUAUUAACACUAAUGCUAAUUUUCUACUUCCAGAUGCAUAUGCUAAAAUCUUGUACUUGAUGGAAUAUGAUUAAAAUUAGCCACCUUAAGAUUCCAGGCUGGGUGAAUGCUAGGCAAUGUCAAUGGAGCAGAUAAAAAGGUAAAUACUAAUAGUAAUAGGGUCUACUUAGGCCAGGCUACUUAAACUAAAUACAAAAAGAAAAUGUUGGGGUUUAUUACAAAUAUGCUACCUAUUUUAUAUUCUUUUUAAAAACAACUAUAAAUAAAUUUGAUGUCAUUGUACAAAGUAAACAAAUAGUUCAAGACAAUCACAAUAAGUGUAAAAUCUGUCAUAAUUUUAUUCACUUAGUAGUUAUCGAUAUUCAAAGGAUUGAAUGCUGAUGGUGCUUAUUAAGCCAAACGAUUGACAAAAUGGUUGCUUUGCUUUUUAUUUUCUAUUCUAAAUUUAAAAAAAAAAAAUAUGUUUUAAUGAUUCCUCUCCUGACCGAUAAACGAUCUUGCUGGUUGCCGUCCAUAGUUUGCCUUGUAAAAGUUAUGUGUUGGGGUGGGUGAAUAUACAUUUUUUUGCUGUUCUUUAUUUCAUAAAUGUAUUUUAUUUUAAUGUCAUGAUUAUGUCUCUUUUGAUAAAAUUUUAUGUACAGCGCGCUGAGCCCAGCCCUAGGCUGGGGUACCGCGCUAUAUAAGACCCCUUAUUAUUAAAGAAUGACACUUUAAAAAAAAAAUGAGACACAGACUAUUUCUGGGUGUCAAGGCAGAGGGAAGCUAUCUAAAAAGACAGUUAGACCUACAUUGUCUAUGUAACAAAGAUUAAUCUUGUUUUUUAAUGGCAGGCUUUGCAGUCGUUAAAGCCAGAGGGCUCCAGACUUGGAGCACCAAAAUUGUACUAUUUUGUUCUAAAAUCAAUAAAUGUGUCUAAUUUGAAUGUGGUGUCCUUAAAAUUGUGUCCAAACAAAAAAAAGGCCACCAAGGGCUAAUGCUGGCACUGUCAAAAUUACUGUUAGAUUUAUCACAACUUGCAGGGUAAUUACAUUUUUCUGCUUGCAAGGUUUGAAAGAUUUGUUUGAAGGAUCAGUUUAUAUAAUACAUAAGUAAAAUAUGUAACUUAUCAUAAAAGUUUAUUUCUGUCUCCUUCCCAAAUUAUUCUUGACCAUGCAUUUGGACAUGACUUGGUCUUGGAUGUAAUUUUUUUAAUUCCUUGUCCAUAAUGGGGGGAAAAAAACAUGAUCUUAUUAGUCUUAUUGUUAAUAAGGAUGUUAGUUUCAUCACUCUAAUCAUUUCCCUAGUCAAGAAUAGUCAUGUCUAAGUGGUAUGCAUACAAGUAAAAUUGGACGAGAUUUGGGAUGUUGGAAUUAAAAGUUGCUUAUAUUGUUAAACAUCCUUAUUUUUACAUAAACAUACAUUUCUGAAUUACCAGUGCCUUUAACAAAUUAAUGCUUUGACUUGAAUGUUUUAAGCUCACUAGAAUAAUUGAAAAACAAAAUAAACACAAAUAGUUAUAAUUAGUGCUAGCAGUUAUAAAUGUAUUGAUAAUAAUAAGGCACAUAUAGACAUACGGUAUAUGAUUAUCACCUUAGGAAGUAAGGAAUUUUUGGUAAUAGAGAGAGAAUACUUCCCUAUUAUAAAGCAUUAUUGUAUCAAUACAACACACUUUGACUUGUUCAUAUUUCUAGAACUUACCACAAUCUUUUGUCUUGACAAAAUUCCACUAUUGUUUUAGCUAAUACUAUCCUAUGGCUAUAUUAUGGAUUAAGGAGAGAAACUGAGAAACACCAUGACCAUAGUGAUCAAACUACACAUUCCAAGGACUGGUUCAAAAUAAACACACACAGCAAAAUUCCUAGCACAGGCUCUUAAACUACCUUCACCUGUGUACUCACAAGUUAAAAAAAAAACUAGUUGGGGGGUAUGGAGGUGGAAACAGAUUGCAUGGCUUUUGUACCAAGACCAAGGGGAAUGAUCAGCUUAGUAUAGAAUUCUUUCCCUUUGUUUUCUCUUUAAAAUUUGUAACUGUUGGGAAGGUGCUGCUGCUGCUCACCUGAGUUAAUCUUUUUUCUUUACAAAAGAUGCUUUACAGGUAGUAUCCUUAGUUUGGUCUAGUUAUCCUUCAUAAGUUUGUGUGGUUAGAGAAAAGUUAUUCCUGAUAGAUCAAUUAAUGUCUCUCACCGGAUAACUUGAAAAAAAAAACAACAGUUUUUGUCUGUUCCUGAAAUAUAUUUUCUUUGACUUAACCUAUUCUAGUUUUUGUUUUAUAUUUAGCAUACAUUUAUCUUGUUAAAUUUGUAAGCGCAUAUUCAUUUUCUCAUUCACCCUUGUUUUGCCAUUCUGCCAUUGAUAGUUGUAUAUAAGCACCUAAAGGUAAGCUAGAUGUGGAGGUCCGAAGUGCAAUUGGCAACAGGCAUGUAUCUCACAGAUACAUCUCUUGUGAUAUUCCUGUCAGUGUUACCUGUUAGUUUCAUGUGGAAAAAUCUAAAUGAAAAAAUAGUUGAUGCUCACAUCAGUCACGUCUCAGUCAGUCCCAUAUCGCUCGCCAUUUGCUUCCAUCAUGACCUCUUUUUUAAAUUUUCAGUUGAUAUCCUUAAUGUUUUUAAUUGGGAUCUCUGAAAAGGGAUUAAAUUUCUAAUAUUUCAUUUUAUUACUUCUUUUAAACCUAUCCAGUGACUGUGAAUUGAAGGAUGGGGGAAGUUGCAGUAUUAGUGACCAUGCAGUUUCAGAAUCAAGCCAAGUUGACCCUUUUAAAGGUAAAUUAUAGGUUUUUAGGAGAUAUUUAAGUGCAAAGAAAAUUGUGUUCAAUUCUGAAAACUCAUAAUUGUAAAGUAAUUUAUUUAACGACAGUCAAUAAUAAUAAUACAAAAAAAAAAUUGAAUUGUCUAAAUAAGUUAAAAUGCUUUAUAUUUGAGUCAUUAGAAGAUGUUACUAAAAAUGCUUAACUGUUAAGUUAUAUACGCAAAAAAAUGAUUAAAAGCACAAGUUUAUUUAUAAAUCAAGCUAGACCUAUUGUGGUAUGAAAAAUGCUGGAAAAAACACCCCACUUUUUUAUGGCAUUUAUGUUUUACUUUUUAAAUAAAGCUGUAAUGGAAAUGUAUCAAUUAAAAUAGUACAACUGUAAAAUGAUUUUCCCCUCUGAUUAAGAAAGUGAAAUUUUAGUAGAUUUUGGACAGACAAGCCCAAUGCUAUUAUAUCUUUAUUUUGUACAACAGAGUCAUUUUUUGUGAGGGGUCAGAGCAAUGGCAAAGUGUUUCGCAUGGCUUUAUCAAACAAAGGCAAGCGGAGCCUUGUGCGAGAUGGUUACAUGUAUAGACUUGAUCACUCUGGGAAGAAUAAGCUGUCCUGGCGAUGCAGUGCCCGUAAAUGUCCAGCUCACCUUAAAACUGACCACUCGAUUGAGACGAUAGUUGAGGAUAAUGAAAAAACUCACACCCAUGAACCUGACGCGGAGAAAAUUGAAAGGCGAUUGUUGAGGGUGGUUUGCAAACGUAAGGCAGCACAAGAUAGUACAACUAGUUCUCAGGACAUCAUAGCUAAUGAACUGCCUAGGCUUGGCGUGAACUUAUCAUCAAAAAGUACAAGAUAUUUACAGCUAGCAAUGUAUCGAGAGCGCAGAAAGCUAUAUCCAAAAUCUUUAGGUGGAGAGGAAUUUAUUAAAAGGCCUAAACUAGCGAAAAAUUUUGCCGCUAAGCCAUCAGGAAGUUCAUCUUCCAUUCCACAGACUCUUGUUUCAGUUCCUCCGAUAAAUUACUACUCUCAGCCUCUUACGUCUGUUGAUCCAAAUUUUGACUUGCUGUCAGAAGACUCAGAGACUCCUAGAUACCACCAGCUCCUACAGCAUCAGCCUUACAACGGUGAUGAACUUCAGCCCCACCCUCUGCCACAUCUCAUUCAACUUAACCCUUUACCACCCAAGAAAGAGCCUCAAGUAAACAAUGCUUUUCCACAAACAUUGCACGCUGUUCCAUUCAUUGUGGGCACCAGCAACACUAGCGUUCAGCACUUGAGCAGUCAUGAUUUACAACCAAAAAUGUGAGUGGGUGAUAGUUAUUGAGUGAUGAUGUUUAUUUUAUCCUCUGCUGUUUAAAUGGUGCUGCUAUAUUUCUUCUGCUAUUGCAAACACUUCAAUUUUAUAUAGACUAAUACCAGUACACCAAGUAUUGUGGUAAGUACAUGAAGCAAAACCCUGGUGUCAGAUCGAAGAUGAGUUAAACUUGUGCUUUUUCUUAUCAUUUAUUUUUGAGUAUUUCCUAUUACUGAGACUGACAUAGGAUCAAGCCCAUUGGUUGUUCCUUUGUGGGCAAUUUCCAUAAUAUUUUAGUUUUUUGCUCUUCUUUGUCAACAGAAUAUUUGCCAAGGGAAAUGGACAUUUCAGAUGAUGAUUAUUUUAGGUGAUAUUUUUUUUACAACAGAAAUAAUUCUCUACCAUCUAUUUAAUUAUAAAUACUUUAUGCUGUGUUACUGAGAUUCUGGGUCUCACACCUAAUGAACUGAUGGGUCUAAAAUAGAUUGGUGUCGAUUUUAAAAAUGGAAUUUAUUUUAUGUACUGCAACAUGUAUUUUUAUUUCAAAAUUAUUUUUUUUUUCCCUGUAAAAAUAUAUUAAAAAAUUUUGUUUUAUGUUAGAUGCUAUGCAGAUAUCCGAAUACAUGAGGAAAUGCUUAAUGACAAAGUACGGACCAUGGCAUACAGGUCUGUUUAUGUUGAUAUUUUACUUUAUAUAUGCAGAACCUAAAUAUGAUGAUGUAAGAUAUUCUUUUCCCAUAAAUCCAAAAUAGUUAAUUAUACAACAAACAAAAAAGUUGGCAUCCAAGUAAUUCUAAAAGUGUUUUUAAUCCUGUAGUGCAUGAUUUCAAUACUUCCUGUUUGUGACUCUGUGAGGCCCGCUCAUUAAAAUAGAAAAAGACCAAACUUUGAAAAAUAAGUUUACUGAAACAAUUAGUUGAAAAUAUUACUAUGUAGUUACUGCUACAUCAAGUGGAAUUUACUCAACUCAUGAAAGUAUGUGAAUUGGCCUGUAAUGUGUAGGAUUGUGAAUUUUUAUCUCUCUAUGUUGUGACUAAUAAUUUUAAAAUGUUAAUAAAAUAAGACGAAGCAGCAAGCUUUACAAGUCAGUGCCAUAAUAAUUAAUUUAGCUUAACCCAAGGUAAAUUGAAACUGGAAACCUAGGAAUUGUUUUAUCAAUAAGCUAGUUUAAGCUAUGAGUGAGAAAUACUAUUAGUUUUUAAAAAAAAAACUUGUUUAGCCUUUCAUUUCCUUGCUGGGCUAGAAAAACAUAUUAUUGUACUUAUUAAUUAUUAAAAGAUGCUCUUACUUUGUAGGCGAGCAUUGCAAGAAAAUAGAAUCAGAUUAAAAGGUUCAACAGUGUUAGAUGUAGGGGCAGGAACAGGAAUUCUCAGUCAUUUUGCAGUCCAGGCAGGUGCAGCCAAAGGUAUGAUUAUAGAGCAUUUGGUGUUAAUAAUUUGUAUUUCAAAUAAAGGAAAUCACUGGUAUAUGCUGAAAAAUUACCCCUUAUGGAGACUGACUGACCACAAACCUGCUUAAUUUGUAGUUUUAUUAUGAAAUACUUCUUUACAAGUUAAAGUAUAUUUUCUCCUAUUUUCAGUAUUUGCUGUUGAAGCUAGUAGUAUGGCAUCUUUUGCUCAACAAAUUGUUAUGGAAAAUGGGAGAAGCUCUUCCAUUACUGUUUUACAUAGUAAAAUUGAGGUAAAAAAUAAGCAUUAAAAUAAGUCUUUAAUUUGAAGCAAAAAAAAAUCAAUUUUUUAAACAUUCUUCAUGGACAAAAGUAUAUGAACAAAUAAAGAUUACAUGGUAUUGCAAUUUUUUUUAAAGAUAUCAAAAUAAAACUUGUAUCAGCUUAUUAUAGAUGAUGAUUCAAAAUUAGAUUAAGGUAAGUUAAAAAGACCAGAGAAAUUUAAGGAAAAAAAACAUUUUGCUUUAUUAAUAUAUGCUAAUCUACUGCUAUCUAUUUUUCAGACUGCUGAAAUACCUGAGAAAGUUGAUGUGAUCGUCAGUGAGUGGAUGGUAAGUGGAGAUUUAUUUUGUUAAUAUCUCUUUACUCUAAAUCUUAAUUAGCUAACCUAUAGAUUUAUAACCUUAUACUCUUACUUUUGAUCAAAGCCAAACACAGCCAAAAAUGCUACAUGGAAUGGUUAUGUUAAUGCUCUUGCCAUACCAAUAAGGCUAAGCUAUCACCAAAAAGCCAUUUAUUAUAGCCAAGUGGAAAUUUUAAGCUAGACAUUGCCACUUAUUAAAUUUUAGUAAAAUAUAAAAUUUGUAGAGGCUCCUUGGGUAGUCAUCUUGGAUCCAUUUUAUUCAGACUUUCUUGUUAAUCUGGAUGUAAAACUGUUGUUGACACUCAGGGUUACAACUUGCUCUAUGAAUCAAUGCUGAGUUCUGUGAUUGUUGCCAGGGACAGAUUUCUGAAACCGGUGAGCUUUUAUUUUUAUUACCGGAUUUCAUUAUUAUUAUAAAUGAAGAAUUCGUGGAAAACAAUUUUUGUUUGUUGGUCUUCUUGAUAAAUGAAUUGACCGUUUUAUGUUGUUUCAGAUAAUUAAAAAUAAUAAAAUAAACACGGCAUGUUUAAAUUUUUUAAAAGUUAAGUUCAGAUCAAUUCAUUCAGUCAACCCCUAAAUGGUAAAAAAGUUUAAAAAAAAAAAAAUUAACUGAAAAUAGAAUUUUGAGCCAUAAUAGCAUUUUAUCCAACAACGUGUUUUUUUUAAAUAUGAAUUUGAUUCUCCUCUAAUCCAGGGUGGAGAAAUGUUUCCGUGCUCGGCAUCCCUUUUUUUGGCACCCAUAUCCGAUGACAGCUUUCAAGAAAGGUGUACAGUCAACACUUUUAAUUCUCAGUGCCGUGUUAUGUAAAAUUAAAAAGGACAAGUCGAUAUACAUGUGGGCAGUUUGCAUUUGGGCCGGGGAUAUUGCCACGAACAAACUUAAAAAUGUCCACAGAGUUAUUCAAAGCAUUACGGCUGGAAACUGUUUUUGUUGCAGCAUCUUUCUCUCUUUUUUUUUUUCAAAAGGAGACAUUAAAGAAGUAUUUAAAAAAGUUAGGGAGCUAACAUUACAUAAAUCCACAAGACCUUCCAAAUCUUUACAUGCUCUUCUGCUUUUUAAAAUUAUUUUUUCUUUUGUGUUGAGAGUGUGGACACUUUCUAGCAUUUCUGAAAAUUAUAUAUUUAUAUAUAACAUUAUUAUUUAUAUAAUUAUAACAUUAUUUUAAUUGAGGAUGUUUGUUUUUAAUGUUCAGGGUGCAGAGCUGGAGAAGUUUCAAAGAUUUGUAUGAUGUAUCUAUGGAGAGUUUAGUAUCACUGACACAGGAUGCGCUGACAGGUGGGAGCAAUAUUCACGUGUAAUUGCAAUUUUGUUAGUUACAUGGAUUGUUUAUUUCAAUCUAAUAUCAGUGUAGUGGAUUGGUUGCCUUGUUUUAUCCUUUGUUUAUUAAUUUCAGGUGUAAGUUUGAGAUUCUCUACUUUUUAUUUUGUAGAGCCAAAUUUAUAAAUGGACCGUAAUUUGGAAUUAUAUUACAACUGCAUUUAGAAUAUAGGGUCAUUCUUAAAUGUCCAUGAUGAUGACUACACACUCUACUUAUUAUUAGAAAUGCUGCUUGCGACCAAAUGACAGCUAAAAUUAGACCAAUGGAACAAAAUUUGAACAAUUCUUUGAAAUAUUUAAAAAAAUAAUAUCUGGAAAGAUAAUGAAAUGCAGUUUAAAAAUAAUUCUAUAUUCAGUUCGAGUUGACAGUAAGCAAUUGGAUGUUGAGUCAGUACUUGCCAAUGCCUUCCAGUUGUGUAGGUUUGAUCUCAAGACAAUGACCUGGCAAGAGGCUCAACAAGUUAAGGUAAGUUACAAUUCACUUUUAUAAUCAAUAAUGACAGCUUACAAAAUUUCUUUCUAAAGGCAAGAAGAUUAAUGAAAAGAGUUACAUUUUUUAAAAAAGGUCAAAAGUUACUAGCUAUUGUUACUAUCCCAAAACUUAGUGUGAUGAAAUGGGAUAAUUUUAAAAAAAAAAUUGAUUAUAUUAACAGCUAAAGAAUUUCACGUUUUAGACAGGAAGUAGGUAUUUAUUGACUUGAUCCAUUGAUUCCUGCUGUGAUGACACAACUACAUACUUGAGCCUCAUCCCUUGGAUAAUUUCAGCUCAGUCUGUCAUUUUGGGAUUGCUGGCUAUGACCCGGUUAAAUAGUUUUCAAUCUGAGCAGGUUUUCUUUUGGCCCCUGGCCAAAAUGGCACAUGAUGACAAAUUGUGAAAUAGCAUUGGUGUGAUGCAUCGGUCUGACUUCGAGGCAUAGCUUGCUUACUUGUGCCAAUGCUGGUUUGUGUUUGUUUGUGGUCGUUUCUGUUUGUGUUCCCACGGCAUUGCUGCAGGUUCAGGCGGUGACUCAGUUUCCGGUGGUGACCUAAAUCCAGUGUCUGAUGCUGUUAAAAAUUUAAGAUUAACUUUUAAACCGCUUGAUAUCAGUUUCAUGUUAAUUAAUUCAUUCACUUUGUGAUUAGCUUGAUGAUGCAGAUGAUGAUAACAUUUUGAAGAAGGUAGCAGCUUGAUAAGAUUCCAGAGAGCUGAGCAUUCGGUCUGCACAUACCUCGAGUCCCACUCUCUGGUUGUCUGGUCGCUGCAGUGUUCCUUUCUUGAACGGAUAUCUGAUGCCCUGGGUUUGUGUACCAUAUUGUGCGUAAUUAAAUUCAGCCAUAUUAUGUUCUUUCAAUUCACUGUGGACUUCCCUGUGAGCAAGAGAAAAAAAAUAAAGGGCUCUUAUUAUUUUGGUGCACAAUUUCUUAAUUUUCUACGGAUAAUGCACUUUCAGCAUAAGCAAGUUAUAUACUUGGCCAUUGAGAUUUCUUUGGUGAUAAUAGCGUUAUUUUACGUUAGCUUAAAAAAUGUGGCUUUUUUUUUUCCUUGUCAAGAUUGCAAAUGAUGACUAAAGGCGAAUGGAUAAUGGCUUGAUAAGAUUCCAGGGUUGUGUGCCAUAAUGGUACUGACCACUGGUUUGCUGUUCGCUAUAAUGUCCGCAGUAUAAUGUCUGAUUGCAUUUUUGUUAAGUUAAUCACUAUUUACCAUUUGGUUAGAUUUUUUUUUUUAUAGUAAAAUCAUCACACAAAUUUAUGUAACUUUUGCGUGUUGAAAAAACACUUAUAUUUAAACAAUGGUAAAUUUUUGUCUUUCAUUUGAAAAAAUGUCCAAUGCAAUUCUUAACUUCAAUUUAAUUUUCACACCCAGUUCUGGAAUUUGACGCACAAUUAAAAAAAAAAUUGAUGCAUCCAGAUCACUAUUACUAUACUAUAUUUUAGCACUUGUGUAUUUUACAUUUGUUGAUCCAAAUAACAAUUUGACAAGUGACAAAUUUUUAUGAUCACAGGCUGAGUUUAACUUCAAGUGCUAUGGUCAAAAUCUGAUGCACGGCUUUGCCACUUGGUUCACGGUCUCCUUUCCUGGCUCAGUUACACUUGACACCUCUCCUUAUGCCUUGUAAGUUAUAUUCUUCUCCUCUUUCAAUUGUAACCAGCAACAAACAAGUGCAUCUGUAUUUGUGUAUGUUAACCACUUUAAAAAAGUCUUCCAAGUCAGGAACUAUGCACAGCCAAAUAAACCAUGUAACUCACAUCAAUGGUAGCAGAAGACUGGUGUGUCAUAAAGGUUCUAAGAUGUGUACAAGAUAUAGUUAUGUAAAAAUAAAAAUAAGUGUCUGCUUUUUUUUUUUUUUUAUUUUUUAAUUUCUUUACUUUCAAAGAAAACAGACUUUUAACUAACUAGUAAUUUUCAUGGAAGCUGUUUUUAUAUAAUGGCUGGCUUUUUUUUUAAAUUGUACCUUUUAAAGGUCUGUCUUUUUUUUUUUUUUUUUUUUUAUUUUUUAAUUUCUUUACUUUCAAAGAAAACAGACUUUUAACUAACUAGUAAUUUUCAUGGAAGCUGUUUUUAUAUAAUGGCUGGCUUUUUUUUUAAAUUGUACCUUCUAAAGGUCUGUCUUUUAUCAUUUUAGUUAUUAGUUUUAGUGUGGUAAGUUAAGGUUUUAUGGUUGUUUGCUGCUGUUGAAUUAAUCUGAAAAUAUUUCCCUUACAUUACUUACAUAGCUUAGGAACAUUUUUUUUAAUUUGCAUUUAUUUGAUAUUCCACCUUCUUAACCAGACCCACUCAUUGGGGACAGACAGUCAUGUACCUGAAGACCCCGAUAGCUGUGAAACAGGAUUCAGAAAUUAAAGGCGUCUACUAUAUGCAUCCAUCAAAGGAGAACCACAGGUUUUGGGACAUUGAGUUGGAGUUUCAGUUUAAUCAAGGACAGACCUACUCACAACAUUGGCAGUGUGCUGAUUAGUGACAUUGCUUAUUAUCAAUGUAAUUUAUCAAAUUAUUACUUUAACACAACACAAAAAAAUGUUUCCUAACUUUUUUUAUACUAUGAAUUUAUUUGUUUACAAGCAUUAAAUUUCUUUUAUGAAAAAU